AUGUCUCAGUCUGAUCUAUUUAGCCCAGAAGAUAUAGGCAAUGUUGUUGGCCCCAUUGACGACAUAUUUUUGUUGUACAUUCCUGGGUAUUAUAGCAACAAUGACCGUAUGGCUCUGUGGAACCCUGCUAUGAGAGAGUUCAACCGCCUCCAUGUACUCGAACCUAUCUUUCUCCCGAAUUUUCAUGCCGUUACAAAUGUGGUUGGAUUUGGGUUGAACCCAUUGACUAGGGAUUACAAGAUUAUUUGGAUUCGUGACUUUGUUGAAACGAUUGGUGAUGAAACAUAUGAUCUAUAUUAUCCUUAUCAUGUUGCUGCAAUAUACACUCUAGGUAAAGAUUCGUGGAGACAUUUCGAUCUUCUUACAAUACCUAAAGACCGUACUAUCUAUAAUUCUUUGUGUGCCACAUGCAUAAAUGGAGCAUAUUAUUGGCUGUCUGGUUUGGAUUAUAGUGAACAUAGGAUCCUUUCAUUUGACAUGCGGCUGGAGGAAUUUAGAGAGAUAGAGGGGCUUGAUCAUCCUGAACCUAAAUGGAGGUUUCUUUCAUUGUACAACGAUUCUAUUGAUUUGUUCCUUUGUCAAACUGUGUGA